UAAUAUAAAAUUUUCUUCAAAAAUGAAUAUUUUACUGUGGCUGUUAAUCUAAUAUAAGUUUUUUAUGGUAAACUAAGUAAUUGGACUUAAUCUGUGAAACUUUGAAAUAUUGAUUUUAAAAAUGAUUUUUCCUCAGUGAACUCCCAAGGCAAAACACUAAAGAUUUUAAAUAAUUUUCAAGAGGGGAUAUGAGAGUUGAAUCUUUGAAGAUCUUCAUUUGCUUUUCCUUACGCAUUUUAGUUUUACAAUUAUUUGCUUAGUUUUUAGUGUCGCAAAAUUAAAAAAAUUCAAAAAAAGAAAGAAAAGAAAAAACCGAUAAAGUAACAAAAAUCGAAAAGAAUAAUUUUUACACUAAAAAUGAAAGCAAAACAGAAAUAAAAGUGUUUUGCGCCCACUGCCCCCCAAAUUAAAUAUUGAAAGCGUUAGCUCUGUAGGCCAGAACUUAAAUGCUCUAAUCUAAUCCUGACGAAAGACCGAAAAAUUCAAAAACAAAAAAACAAAGACGAUUGAUUCAAAGCAACCACGGUGUGGUCAUUUCUGUAUCGGUGUGCCGCUGCAGCUCCUGGUGCCGGCAUGGGCGCCAACGUCUCGCAGCUGGAGCGGGAGAUUGGCUCCGACCUGUUCCCUCCCAACGAGCACUACUUCGGGCUGGUGAACUUUGGUAAUACCUGCUAUAGUAACUCUGUACUGCAGGCUCUCUACUUCUGUAAGCCGUUCCGUGAGAAGGUUCUCGAGUACAAGGCCAAGAAUAAGAGGCCCAAGGAGACAUUGCUCUCCUGCCUGGCAGAUCUCUUCUAUAGCAUUGCCACGCAAAAGAAGAAGGUGGGCUCCAUAGCGCCCAAGAAGUUCAUCACGCGGCUGCGCAAGGAGAAGGAAGAGUUCGAUAACUAUAUGCAACAGGAUGCUCAUGAGUUCCUCAAUUUCCUAAUCAAUCACAUCAAUGAGAUCAUUUUGGCUGAGAGAAAUGCAGGACCAAGCAAUGGAAAUACCAAAACUACUCCAGGCGGAGGAGCCACAAGUGCCAUGGCUAGCAGCACGGCUAGCAAGUCCAGCUCAACGUCCAAUUCGAAUUCCAAUUCCAAUUCGACCACAAAUUCCAAUGGGAAUAGUAGCAACUCUACGGGUUCUCUGAAUGCCACCACAAGUGUUUUGGAUGCCAGUGGCAGUCUUACGGCCACCACAACACCCAUAAUCUCGGGAAAUGGAACAGGAACCAAUGGGGCCAAUUCGGAGCCUACCUGGGUGCAUGAGAUCUUCCAAGGAAUACUCACUUCGGAGACCAGGUGCCUCAACUGUGAGACGGUGAGCAGCAAGGAUGAGAACUUCUUUGAUCUGCAAGUGGAUGUGGACCAGAACACCUCGAUAACGCACUGUCUGCGGUGCUUUAGCAACACGGAAACCCUCUGCUCGGACAACAAGUUUAAGUGCGAUAAUUGUUGCAGCUACCAGGAGGCGCAGAAAAGGAUGAGAGUUAAGAAGCUACCCAUGAUCCUGGCCCUUCAUCUCAAGCGUUUCAAGUACAUGGAGCAGUUCAAUAGGCACAUCAAGGUAUCUCACAGGGUGGUCUUUCCUUUGGAAUUGAGACUCUUCAACACCUCCGAUGAUGCAGUGAAUCCGGAUAGACUCUAUGAUCUAACUGCUGUGGUUAUCCAUUGCGGUUCUGGACCAAAUCGUGGCCAUUAUAUAUCGAUUGUGAAGAGCCAUGGGCUGUGGCUACUAUUCGAUGAUGAUAUGGUGGACAAAAUUGAGGCUUCCACCAUUGAGGAUUUCUAUGGUCUGACCUCGGACAUACACAAGUCCUCGGAGACGGGCUAUAUACUGUUCUAUCAGUCGCGUGACUGCACCUAAAAGUUUUAUGUUUUUGCCUAAUAGAAGUUAAGUUGAAAGUUUCCAAUCUCCUGAGACAGAAAGUUAGAGCUAAGACCGAAAUUUUAUGUCAUUUACUAUCUACCCAAGCAUAUACACUAUACUACACACGAAAAUCAAUAAAGAUGAUUAAUAAAGAACAACAA